GCCAUAUAUUUUCACAAGGCUCCUGGCAAAGCCAUAAUAUCAUGAAGAAGGAAGUUUCUCUGUCCGUCUGUGCACAGGUUCUGUUAUUGUGUGCAGUGAUGUGUGCGAGACAGAGAGGAGAACCAUGUUCACACACAGAGCCGUGUCAGAAGGGGCUGCACUGUCGCUACACAGGAGGAACCCGGAACAGGCCUGGACUGUGUGCUCCUCCUGAUGCAGAAUCAUGUGUACUUGGAAAGUCUGUGUACCACAACGGAGAGACAUUCUUCCCAAGCUGCAGUUACCAGUGUGUGUGUCAUGGUGGGCAAAUCAGCUGUGUCCCCCGCUGUAAUCUAGAUGUGAUGCUUCCGAGUCCGGAAUGUCCAUUCCCACGGAAGGUGCAAGUUCCAGGAGAAUGCUGUGAGAAGUGGGUGUGUGAUGCACAGGCCGAGGUCAGCAUGCUGGGGGGUUUUGCCAUGGCAGCAUACAGACAGGAGGAGACAGUGGGCUUUGAUCCCACUAUGGAAUGCAUCGAGCAGACAACAGAGUGGAGUGCAUGUUCACGUUCCUGCGGAAUGGGUGUGUCUACACGGGUGACGAAUCGGAACCGCCGUUGUGAGAUGGUAAAACAGAACCGCUUGUGUAUGGUGCGUCCCUGCCACACUCUCAAAGAGCAAGCAGACCCUCAGGAAUCUGGGACAUGUCUCGAGGUGACUCAGAGCCCCAAGCCUGUCCACUUCACCUUCCGGAACUGUUCAAGCGUGCAGGCAUUUCGUCCUCGUUUCUGCGGCCAGUGUUCAGAUGAUCGCUGCUGUACGCCGCACGCCACCAAAACGGCCCCUGUGACAUUCAGCUGUCCAAAUGGAAGCACACUCAAGAGACUUUUCAUGUUCAUUCGUACAUGUGUGUGUCACCGUAACUGCCCUGCUGAAAAUGUAUCAAAGCAUGGACCCGAGAUCGGUUACACCGCCAUCCUCACCCGUUGAAUAACACACCAAAAACACGGAGACACUCAUGCUGCCUCGACCGAACCCAAAUCAGGCAGAAGCAAAGACCUAAGUGGGGAUUUAUACAAAAAUCACAAUGAAAACUGUUAAAGAUUAACCCUUUUGAUCGUGUUUUGUUUAUGUCACCAUGCUGGAUCAUGACUUAUACACUUCUUACUAAUUAAAUUAUCUUUUGAUCAUUUUAAAACAAUGAUUGCUUAACAAUUUAUUUUUAUUUUAUUUUGAUUGUUAAAAAGCACUCAACAUAGAUUUCUUAUCGUUUAUUCACUAUCUUAAAAAACAAACAAACACAUUAAAAAACAUUAUUACAUUAUACACAUGCUCUAAUGUAAGUGAGCACAUGAGCUGGUUACAUGUGCAGUCAAUGUAACUCUAAAGGUUAUUCAUUUGUGAACAAUACCUUCACUUUACAUUGUGCACAAAAAAACUCACCCUUACAGUGUCACACACAUUCCUCUGGUGUGUGUGUGUGUGUGUGUGUGUGUGUGUGUGUGUGUGUGUGUGUGUGUGUGUGUGCAAAGAUGACCUUUCCCAGGCCCUGGCAUCAUAAGGGAACUCCAGAAGCAUCACAAGUGUGUGCAGUGUGGCAACUGUCAAAGGUCACUCUCGUAGUAGAGUGAAAGUUCACUGAGUUGUGGUUUGACUUGGGUUUUACAUUUUUUUAUGUUCUUUUAUAAAAUAAAUAAUAACUCUCUGCUCACAGAAUGAUGUUGUACAGCCUUAAUAAAAGUGUGCUUUUUAAUUAAAAAAAAAUGUAUAAAUAA